AUGUCUGGUGCUGCCGGUGCCGAUCUACUCGAGCAAGCCUCUCGACUGGAAAGGCUUGUCACGCCGAACCUGGUCAAACUUCGCAUUCGUCUAUCUUCCACGCGUGAUCUAUCUCGCCUUCUAGACGCCUCGGGUAUACCCCUCGCAAAGCUCAGAGAUCUCACCUUGUACUCAUAUUCCUUUGACCAGCAGCUCGACAAGGCAGGACUACGGCGACUUCUACUCGCUACGUCGAACCUCCAGGAAUUGACGUUCACACGGCCAAGUACCGCAAUAUCAGUCCUCACCCUGCUCUUGGAGAUGGAUCAUCUUCAUCAGACGGCACCCGGAUUAUGCUUUGGCUGCGGGACAGAUGCAGCCCUACUCGGAAUUGGAGAAGCAAAGCGGACAGCGAUUGUGCGCUUUCUGGAGAUAGCCAAAGAGAAAUAUGAGAACGGUGGCUCGACAUUACUUUGA